CUGCUCACAGUCCGAGGAGACUCUUCCUAUGGCCAGCAUUGCCACAGGCUUUGCCGAGUCUGGCCACCUCCCAGCCGGUGACUAUGUGCUACAUGUAGCCAACUUUUCCAACUUUGUCGGCCGCUUUGAGUACUCGUUUGUGCGCCAGUCUGCAACAGACGUGACGUGCUCGCGCGGCGAGGAAGAGACAAUCUCGCCUGGGGAAGAAUGGUGGCACAAGUUCUCGGUUAACGCGCCGUCGACGUUCUUUUCGCUCCAGCUGGUGUCGUCGGACGGGAUCGCGGUCGAGAUUAUCCAGCUGUGCUCGGCGGUCGACCUGGCGCUGGCCGGCGGUGCGUCCACCAAGCCGGCGCCCGGAGGCCUGACAGCAUCGCGGUCGAUCGAGCUGCCGGACGGCAACUACAUUCUGCGGGUCAACAACGCGUCAGGCCAAAAGGCAUCAGUGGCGUACAGCGUGACCCGACGGACGCCCGACGGAAGCGGCAUGGUGCUCUCGGCGCCGGUCCGCGAGCUGCAGGCGCAGUCGGACUGGUGGCGCAAGUUUGUGGUCCAGAACGCAUCGCCGGCACUCACCUUUACGCUUGACGUGACGUCGACCGGCAACACGUUCGAGGAGGUCCUUCUCCUUGGUCCCAUUCUCAUUCUCGACCCGUUCCCCAUCGCGACCAAGGCCGAGGCCGGCGCGGCGGUACCUUGCGCCGGCGUCGUCAAGACCUCGAGCGGUGGCGCCUUUGCCUUUUGCGACGAGACCAAGUGCUUCAACUACGAGGCGAGCAAGUUCAGCGAGCUUGCCACGCUCUCGCAGUUUCAGGCAUACAAGGAGCUCUGGUUCCCGCCGGGCGGCCCGCACUCGCGGUUCCAGCUCUUUGACGGACCGAGCUUCGCGCCGCUCGGCCGGUCGCAUGAGAGCGGAUGGGAGGUGGCGCACGACGGCGGCGGCGUCCUCGCCUCGCUCGACGACAUUCGCAAGUUUCUGCAGAACCCGUACAUGACGGCCAACAACUACACCGCCAUCGCGCUGACCGGCACCGUCCUCACACCGUCGGACAUUGACCGGCUCGGCGAAUACCUCACCUCGACGCUCAUCACCCGGCGUAUCUCUGCCCUGGUCCUCGCCGGCUCACACAUCGAUGACGAGAGGCUCAUCCGGCUGCUCUCGGGCAUCUCGCCCGUUCUCAACUACCUCGACCUCUCUGACAACCUCGUCACCGACAACGGCGUUGUGGCGCUCUCGGCGCUCCUCGCAACCUCAGACUACAACUUGCAGUACAUCUCGCUCCGUGGCAACGCCAUUGAGAACCUCGGCGCCGCCGCACUCUCCGAUGCUCUCACCCGUAACGCCACCCUCCUCGCGCUCGAUCUCUCGGACAACGCGAUUGGGCUCGAUGGUGCCAAGCAGCUGCAGGAGGGCAUCCGGAUCAAUCAUUCGCUGCGGAGCGCCAACCUCGCCGGCAACGCGGUCGGCGCUGAUGUGGUCGACUUGCUCGGCCGGCUUGCGCCAAACCGGCUUGUCGACCACGUCCAGUGGUCGUGGCGGUGUGCGCUCGAUGCCCGCGGCUCGCGCGCCAGCGCCGUCGGUCCGGACGGCGGCAGAACCGGGCUCGGCGCCCCGCGGGACGUCGUCGCCAUCAGCCCCGGUCGGUUCGGCGCCCAGACGCCGCUGUACGUGCUCACGUUUGCGCCGCCAGGUGCGCCGACCUCGGCCGCCGCCGACCGCAUGGUUGUGGUCCGCCAGUCGGAGCUAGAGCCCGGGACCAUGGCGGUCGCCGAGGCGCUCGCGGCCGGCCGUGCUUUCCUCGUCCCACUUCCCGAGGGUCAGACAGUGGCUACGAUGGCGACCAAUGCAUCGCACCAUGUCGCGGUGGCGACGUUCGAGGCUACCAUCCUUGUCUACUCGGGGCUCUCGCUGCUGCGGGCGCUCGAUCAGGCCCGAAGCGGGGGCAGCUGCGAGGUGGCAUCGAUGGCGCAGAUCUCAACCUCGACGGUAGCGCCGUGCCUCGCGUCGUCGGCGCAGGUACUCAUGCCGCGAUUUGCGCCGCGUGGCGCCGCACGGAGUGGAGCAGGCGAGGCGCCUACGCCUGCGGCGCGGCUGCAGUCGCCGGCGGCGAGUAGCAGCGGAGCGGCGCCGUGGACCGAGCCGCAGACCAAGGAGUCGGUUCCGGUAGUCGCCUUUGCAUGGGUGCCUGUUCUGGAGACGGUGCCGUGCGAGGCUGCAGUGCUGUACGCCGACGGCACGCCCGCCAUUGUCAGCGGCGGCACCGUGUCUGCACUCGGGUGCACUAGCAAGCGGCCGCCGGUCUCGGGCGUCGUCUCGCUAGCGUGGGGCAUUGCGCCCAUGGCACAGUCACACGUCACGCCGCGGGCGGUCCUCGCCAUGGGCCUCGCCGAUGGACGGGUGGUCCUGCAGCGGCCGGCGUCGGCAAUGCUCCUCGGAACGCUCAGCCCGCCCGACGAGCUGCGCGGAGUCCACGCCGCGGCGCACCUCCGGUUCCUCGGCUCGGAUGUGUGGCUGGUUGGCUUUGUGGCGCGGAGCGGCUCGUACGUCUUUGCGCUCGUUCAUCUCCGAUCCGGCAAGGGCGGCGCGGUGGCGGCACGGUGGCGGGUCCUCGGCCCACAGCUGUUCCCUGUAGCCUCUGCGGCUUCGCUCCGGCGCGCGUCCCAGCUGACGCACGUCCCACUCCCGGUCGCGCUUUUCUCGCAGCUCGCUGACGCCCCUGCAUGCGUCAAGGUCUCGCUCUCGCUUCCGUUCCCACGGCUGCUAGUGCUUGGCUCUUCAAUCUCGCCAGACGUGGAGGUCCUCACCUCGACGCCGCACUCGGACCCGCUGCAGACCUGGCGGGCGUGCGCGCUGCCCAACUCGACCCUGUUCUCGCCGCCGUCGGCGGGCACGGGCCCUACCGCGUCGCAGCCAACGACCCCGCGUGUGGCAGCGGUGUCGGCAGCCAGCCCGCCGCGGAUGCCGGUCGACUUUGAGGACGGCAUGCUUGCGGCACGGUGCUUUCCAAUCGCGGUGGCGGCGGUCGUCGACCCCGCUGCAGGCGACGAGGGCCGCGCCCGGCUGCUGCCGACGUCGCCACGCGAGACGGAUGAGGCACGCAAGUCUCGUGAGCCGCGCGAUGGGCCGCACAUGCGAUACGAGUACGAGUACGAGUACGAGUACGAUGAGUCACCGUCGGGCGGGGACGACGAUCUUCGGCGGCACGCUGUGUACUCGCGGCGGACCAAGCCCGGCGCGGUGCAGCGGACCGAGCAAGCGUCCAACUACGCCAACCUGUCGACAGUGGAGACGCUCCACCACCUGCGGCUCGAGCUCCCGUGCGUCCGAGUCUCGCUUGUCUGUGUCCUGCUCUCGGGCCACGUCCUCGAGUACGAGUUUGUGGUCCGGCAGGAGAAGCCGGUCGACCAGGGCCCAAUCAAGGGCGACACGUACGAUCUCUUUGCCUCGUACCAGGUGGCGCGCAAGCGGCUGCAGGCCUCGCUCCAGCUCCCACAGCCGAUAGGCGACUUUGUCGACCCGGCGUCGAUCCGCCCACCUCCCCACACACGGUCAUCAGCGCUUGACUACGUUGACCACGCCGUUGGCGGUCUCUUUGACCGUGUUGCCGUCUCACCCCUUCGACCGUAA